UCACCGCCUAUUUUCGUCGAAAUGUCAAACGUUGAAAAACCACAUUUUAGAUGGAUAAAUAAAGACUUUAAGAGAGGAUGAUGUUAUGUUCAAUAGCUGGAAAACUGUCUCCCAUCGGACUACUUGUGUUAGCUUUUACUUUUGGGUUGGUAGAAUGUGAUAGCAAUUGUUCAAACUGUCUAUAUGGCGAGGCCUACUGCCACCCAGACAAUGGUGUGUGCACAUUCGGGUGCAAGCCUGGCUGGAAGAAUGACAAAUGUGACAUGAGAUGUAAUUUCGAUGGUUGUCAGGAAUGUACAAUAUCCGCCUCCACUAUAGAACAGUGUACAAGUUGCAGCGCUGGUAUGUAUGGACCGCUAUGUAAUCUACCAUGUGGUGACAAUUGUAAUGGAGUGAAAGGUUUCGACACCUGUGAUCAUUUCGGUAACUGCUUGUUUGGUUGUAAGCCGCCCUAUAUGGGACCCAGAUGCCAGGAACAGGAUUGUCCAUUUAGCAACUGUAAAAGAUGUGAUGUUAAUAUCAAUGGGAAUACCUACUGUUGGCAGUGUCAGCCUGGAUAUCACUGGGAAGAAGAGAGGAAGCAGUGCAUUCGGUGCAGUGAUAAGUGUAAGAACGGACCGCAAGAUUGUGACUCCUUCACCGGCACAUGUCCCGAGUGUAAAGAUGGCUGGUUUGGCAACAAGUGUAUAUACCAAUGUAACAUUGAAAACUGUGCAAGAUGUGGACACAAGAAAGAAAAAGUUGUUUGUAAAAGCUGUGUUGCUGGAAUGUAUCCAGGAAAAGAUGAAACCAGUUGUAGAUCUUGUGAUGAUCGUCACUGUCUUGGUGUGUGUAGCAGCGUGACUGGAGAAUGUUUUAGCGGCUGCCAGAAAGGCUGGUUUGGUGAGGGUUAUCUGUGUGAUAGACAAUGCACGAUACCAAAUUGUGAAACCUGUGCUCUCAGUUAUAACAGGAAUUCCGUUUGCUCAAAAUGUAUUGAUGAUUAUUACGUAGAAAAUAAAUUGUGUUCAAAAUGCCCAAAUACAUGUCAACAAAGUUGUGAUGACCAUAGUUCUAACUGUAUUGGAGGCUGUGUGAGUGGUUACUAUGGUGAUCAGUGUCAAAACACGUGUAAUCCUCACUGCUUGAAUAAUACCUGUGAUCCAGAUACAGGCUUCUGUGACUGUGAGGAAGGCUGGUUUGGUUAUCGUUGUGAUAGAACAUGCCCUGUUCACUGCACUGAUUGUCCAAAUUACAAGGAUGGAAUAUGUGCAAGUUGCGAGCCGGGUCGGUAUGGUCCCGAUUGCGAAAUACGUUGUAGUAGGAACUGUCGCCCUAGAAACUACGGAGGCUAUAUUUAUUGUGAUAAAACCACAGGGGCAUGUGAAGACGGUUGUUUAAAUGGAGCAUAUGGUGAAAAUUGUAACAUUUCUUGUAAUUCAAAUUGUGAAUCUCAUUUGUGUGACAGAGUUACAGGUCAUUGUUUGUCAGGAUGUACACAAAACUAUUAUGGUCCAAUGUGCCAGUUUCCUUGUCCAGAAAAUUGUAGAUAUGUUUUACAAGGAUAUCUAAGAACAUGUGAUUUAAAUGGACGAUGCUUAGAUGGUUGUCGCAACGGAAAAUAUGGAGAGUAUUGCAAUUUGACGUGUAGCGACAGGUGUAAAGAAGAUAUGUGUGAACAGUUCAGUGGAGAUUGUUCUCUCGGGUGUAAGAUUGGUUAUGCCGGAGAAGACUGUGAUAUUAUUUGUGCAAAUAAUUGCCCAAACGAUUGUAGUCCCAACUGCAGGAAUGGUAACUGUGAUAAAGUUACAAAGUCGUGUAUAUCCGGAUGUAAUACUGGAUGGUUCGGAACAACAUGUAUGAAUAUAUGUAGUGAUAAAUGCAUUGGACGUAUAUGUAGACAGAUUGAUGGAUUCUGUCUUGGACAGUGCAUUGAUGGAUUUUACGGACCAAGCUGUAAUCAACUUUGUAGUGAGAACUGUAUUGAUUAUGCUUGUAACAAGACAACAGGUUUCUGUCUUAAGGGUUGUAAAAGACUAUUCCAUGGUGACAGAUGUUCUGAGACAUGCUCAACACUGUGUCAGAAUGGUACCUGUGACAGACUGUCAGGCAAGUGUGAUUCAUGUGGAAAAGGAAAACGUGGCGACCUGUGUGAUGAAAGUUGUGAGCCUGGCACUUACGGAGAGAAUUGUGCCUUUUUCUGUGGACAUUGCAGAGAUAAUGUACCUUGUAAUAUAUAUACUGGAGACUGCCUGCCAGGGUCUGGCUGUGAGAUAGGAUAUACAGGAGAAAAUUGUAGAGAAGCACUGUACAGUUCUGAGGAACCUGGAAAGACAGUGAACAUGGACCUGGUGAUUGGCUGUUCCGUUGCUGCUGCUGUUGUCAUUGUUAUAUUUGCUAUUGUGGUAUUUUUCUGGUUAAAGUUACGUAAAUCUAAGACCAAGAAGAAGUGUGAUGAACCAGUAAUUGUUUACAGAGAUGCCAAUGUUACUAUUGAGCGUGCUGGCACAUCUUGCGGAACAUCUGGGAGCAGGGAGAGUACACACAGUGAUAUGAUGUUACUGGGAGAUAGCAGUUCCCGGUUAGAGAUAAACCUUCAACAGGAGAUCAGCAAAACAAACAUAUAUACCUUGUAUAAAGGACAGAUAAAUACUGGCGGUAGAAAACAGAAUUGCUGUGUGAAAGUUGUCAAGUUGAAAGAUAUAGAAGAGGAUAAAGCAGGCUUGAGCAGACUAAUGAAAGAAUCUGAGCUGCAGACACUGUGUAGUUCACAUAUCAAUGUGGUACACCUCAUCACUUCAUAUCAAAAUACAGAUGUUUACUGUGUUGCCCUGGACAGCAGUAUAGAGACUGGUUUACUGCAAUAUCUACAGAACUUACAAUCUGUGGAUAACAGCUUGGAACCAGACAAUAUUUGUAGACUGCUGCAGUUUGCUAUAGAUAUUUGCUCAGCUUUAUGCCAUAUCCAUAAAAUGAAGAUAAUACACAGAAUGGUGAAGUGCCAGCAUGUCUAUCUAUCUGAUACUUUAGUAGCCAAACUGGGAGAUUUCUGCUGGGCAAAUAGUGCUGCAGAAACCGAUGCAUUGACUGAGUUACCAGAAGAUAGUUACCCAUGGUUAUCACCAGAAGCAUUGAUAUAUCAACAGUUCUCAUACCAAUCAGACAUCUGGAGUUUUGGCGUCACACUUUGGGAGAUAUUCUCCUUUGGAAAGACUCCUUUUGAAGGCGUUGAUAAAGAUGAGUACAAACAGAUGAUCCUAGAGGGGAUACGGCCUUCAAAACCACAGAUAGUGCAUUUAACCAAGUACCGUAUAAUGAAGAAUUGCUGGAGAUACACACCUGACGACAGACCGACAGCGGAACAAGUGCUUCAACAACUCAUUGACAUACAGGGUCGCUUUUCUGAUGCAGAGAGAGUGGUGGUACAUGUAUGAAAAUGGUUGUUCCCAAAACAUCUAGGUGUCAAACUUACAGACUAGAUGGUUGAGGAAAUCCAGCAUUGACAACUUGCCAUAUAACCCCAGCAUAAUCAGAUGUUUGUUCUGUAAUCUCAGUUAUCAGUAUUUGUGAUAAAUUCCUUACAAUGUUAUUAAUGUUCAUUUAAUACAGACAGAAGCACAUACAGAUUUAUUUACAAUAAGUUACUUUUUAGCUCACCUGAGCAAUGCUCAGGUGAGUUUUUCUGAUCGCUCGAUGACCGGCGUCUGUCUGUCUGUCGUCUGUCAACAUUUAGCUUGUGUAUGCGAUAGAGGCUGUAUUUUUCAAUUAAUUUUCAUGAGUAUUGGUCAGAAUGAUAACCUUGAUGAAAUCUAGGCCGAGUUCAAAAAUGGGUCAUCUCGGGUCAAAAACUAGGUCACUAGGUCAAAUCAAAGAAAAACCUUGUGUAUGCGAUAGAGGCAGUAUUUUUCAAUUGAUCUUCAUGAAUUUUGGUCAGAAUGAUUACCUUGAUGAAAUCUAGGCCGAGUUCGAAAAUGGGUCAUCUGGGUUCAAAAACUAGGUCACUAGGUCAAAUCAAGGAAAAACCAUGUGUAUGCGAUAGAGGCUGUAUUUUUCAACUGAUCUUCAUGAAAUUUAGCCAGAAUGAUUACCUUGAUAAAAUCUAGGCGGAGUUCGAAAAUGGGUCAUCUGGGUUCAAAAACUAGGUCACUAGGUCAAAUCGAAGAAAAACAUUGUGUAUGCAAUAGAGGAUGUAGUUUUCAAUUGAUCUUCAUGAAAUUUGGUCAGAAUGAUUGCCUUGAUGAAAUCUAGGUCGAGUUUGAAUAUGGGUUAUCUGAGGUCAAAAACUAGGUCACUAGGUCAAAUUAAAGAAAAAUCUUGUGUAUGCGAUAGAGUCUGUUUUUUUUCAAUUGAUUUUAAUGAAAUUUGGUCAGGAUGAUUGCCUUAAUGAAAUCUUGGUCGAUUUUGAAUAUGGGUCAUCUGAGGUCAAAAACUAGGUCACUUGGUCAAAUCAAAGAAAAAACUUGUGUAUGUGAUAGAGGCUGUAUUUUUCAAUUGAUCUUCAUGAAUUUUGGUCAGAAUGAUUGCCUUGAUAAAAUCUAGGUCGAGUUUGAACAUGGGUUAUCCAGGGUCAAAAACUAGGUCAUAUCUAAGAAAAUGCUUGUUUUAUCGCAAGAGACCAAUUUUUUGGUCCAAUCUUAAUGAAAAUUGGUCAGAAUAUUUGUUUCCAUGAAAUCACUAGGUCAAACAUGUUUUUCACUGUUAUGGUGUGUUUCUUAGGUGAGCGACCUAGGGCCAUCUUGGCCCUCUUGUUUAUAUUGUUGUGUCAGUGUUAUGAUAUUCAUAAAUCAUUGGUUGUUGUUGUUGUUGUUGUUGUUGUUGAAAUUUGCUUAUGACAUAAAUGUUACCUGUCUUAGUACUCUUACUGUAAUUGCUUUGUGAUUAACUGACCAGUUGAGUCAUUUUGUAAAAUACAGAAUUCUGUGUAAAUGCAGAAUAAUCCCAGGCUGUCAUCCAGUUCAUUUAAAAUUCUUUCAUGUUUUUGCAUUAAAAAGAUUUCCUCUAUUUCAGGGGACCUCUUGCAUUUCAUUUAUUUUGAAUUAUUUUGUUAUACUUUUGGAUAAUUUCAAAUUGCUAUUGAUAUGUGAAAUUAGCAAAACUCCUAUUAGUAAGUAUUCCUGGCAAACUUGACAUACUUGACAAAAUAUAAACAGUCUAAAUUGUUGACACAUCAAAAAGAAAAUAUCUCUUUGCUUAGGCAGAGGUUUUCUUUACCAGUAAAUCAAUUUCUUAGUAGCUUUACCUCUGACUAAGAUUUUAAUAUUCCUAGCGGUGUCACAUUAGGAAGGUUAUACUGUAUAUAUUUGCUGAUAACGGGCUUUUUUUUUUGUCAGAACAUUAAAAGAAGGUUUUAUAUUUCCCCAAAAUUCUAAAGGACUCCAUACAAGAUAGUUACUCGAGUUCAGUCAUUUCUUUGUCUUGUUUAGAAACUGAAAAUGAAUGUUUUCUGCAUCAAAAAUCUUCUCAUAUUUUGAAUAAAAAAAAAUCAUAUUUGGUACAUGAUGCUGAAAAGCAGUUGCCUGUUCAGUGACUUGCUGGUCAAUUAAUUCCUUAACCUUCAGCCUGCUGGCAGCAUGCAGGCUGAUCAUAGUUGCACUGUUUGCUAUUCAGUCAGUAAAUUUUCAGUGAACAGAAUCCUAAGUGGUACUGCCAAAAUUGAGUGAUUGACCAGUUCAUUUCAGAACUUCAGCAGGGUAAAGAUUAAUCACAUUUUCACUACUAGUAUAACUUGAAUUCAGCAUCUAGAAAUAUAGAAAACUGUACUGGUGAGAUAAUCGGAGAGGAUUUACGUUUAUUGUGAUAUUGCAUGGCCUUGAUUAUUGAUAUUGAAAAAAAAUGUUUUUAUACUUUGUUUAUAAUAUUUAAGCAGUAUUGUACAUAUAUAUAGCUUACUACAUCAUUGUGUUCUUUUCUGUUACCUGGGUUGUAAUUCUCCACUUAAUAUCUGUGUAGUGAUUGCACUAUUUGUCACAUAGAAUUUGGUCUGGAAAGGUUGAGUUUGAGGUCUUCCGACACAUUUUGGAAAUCCAUAAACACUGCUGUUUUAAAUGUUUUAUGGAAAUUACUAUGUGAGGGUGUUUAUAUUAUUUUUGUAUCCUUACUUGACAUUACAUAUUAUUGUCUUUAUAAACCUAUUCAGAAAAAAAUUAAUGACCGUGUUAUUUUACAGUUUUCUACUUUCUAAUUAUAACUUUAGGAAUAAUUUACUGUAAUAUCAUCCCAUUCUGUUAGUAUUCAUUUUCUUGACUGUAUACAAAAAUCUGUAUAUUUUUAUUGUUUAUAUUUACAAUAAUUAUACUGACACAUUCCAUGACUUUGUAUAUUAAUGUUCAUCAGGUAAGGUAUACUGCAGAGCUUACUUGUAUAAAAUGAUGUCUACAUUAGAGUGGAAAAAGCUGAAAUAAUUUGUAUUAUGUAAAUUUCUGGUAAAAUGGUAUUCAGCACAUCAUUUGGAAACCUCUGCCUCAAUGUGAAUGCCAAAACUGACUUAGCACUAGUUGUAUGUAAACAUGUUUUAUGUUUGGAAUGUACCUCUGACAUUUUUUGCUGUGAUUUUAAAUUUGUUCAUUCCAUAAUUUUUUCAAGUUUAAACCAGUUGGCCAGGUAUUAUGAUUUUAAUGCAUUUUGGAAUAUGUUUAUGUUUUUUUUUUUUUAUUGGUUGUGCUAAAAAGUUUUCUUGUUUUUGCGACGUGACCAUUUUAGGCAUUUAGUCAUAUUUUUAAUUCCAAAUAAGGCAAAACCAGGUGUCAGAUAAUGCUCCUAAACAAUAAGCUUUUUGCUUUGCAGUUAUAGUGAUGCUUUACACUUUAAAGCACAAUUUAUCUCCCCAGGCUGCCAUUUUGAUGGUUAUCCCAGAGAAAAUUGCAUUAAGAAUUUCUAAUUUUCUUGUUCACAUAUUGGUGGGUAAAUGCAGUAGUGUUGGAACUAAUUUUAUUUUGUUUCAGUUAUAACAGUAUUGCUUUCAACCAUAAAAUUAUGUAAUAUUCAUAUGUGUGGAUGAAUAUGGCAUGUUGCAUUAGUUAUAAUUUUUUGCUGAUCUUUAACAAAUGUAAAAUUUUGACACCCAAAAUGACAGCCAGUUUUUACAAGGGAGAUAAUUAUUACAAAAAUCAGGAACUGUCAGUACUUCAUUUAUUGCUGGCUGAUAAAUAAAAUCAUUGUAUUGUAGACAUAUCAUUGUUACUGGAUUUGUGUUUUAUCUAUUUUUAGUUUUAUACUGUUGUUUGUAUAUUUUAUAUUUCUACAUUUGAUGCAUAGUAAAAUAAAAUAUUGUUAUACAGAUCUUUAUAUGGAACAAAAAGGCAGUUUUAAAUAAAAUGCUUUCUUGAACAAA